CACUGUGCCACCCAGGCGCCCCUGGUGGUUCUAAAAGAUCUGGCAUUUCAUGUUUGCUUGGUGUAGGGGAAGAGUAGCAAAAGAAAACCUCUACUCUCUCUGUCCUCCAAGGUGUCCUCUGAGAUUCUCCACUGAGAGAUUUUCUGUUAACUUGUGUCAUUUGGGAUGCAACUACCACUAGGUAUGGUUGUUAACCACUCAUCAGUCAUUUACAUCUUAGAAUCAGAUGCUUUAAUGCUAGGUCAACACAUUUCUGCCUUUAAUUUUGUAUGAGGAAAGGGUAGACCCUUGAGAGGAAAGCAUUCCUGGAGCGGUGGGAGAUUUUGACAAGGCAGGAAAAGAGGUUUUUGGGGUGAGGGAAAGGAGGAAGAUGUUAAAGAAACUGGUGUUUUUCAGUUUUGCCUAGGAUUUUGGGUAUUAUUCAUUCAUUGCACUUGUGAUGCUCUUGUUGACAAUGCCUGCAUGUGGGUUUCAGAGCAACUUCAGAAGUCUGUAAUCUUUAGCCUACACAUUUUCUAGUCCAUACUAAUUCCAGCACAGUUUCUUCCCGUGACGUGGAAGAGGAAGAGCAGAACAAAGGGACACAAAACCCUCUUCCUAAUAUGCUUCUGGUCCAGCUCUGAUCAAUCACGUUGGAUAAGCCUCUUCCUCUUGGCUCCUUUCUUUCAACCCCCUCAUUCUCCUUCUUCAUAGUGUUUUGUAUUAGGUCAUCUAGCAAUUAGUAGUUCUCAGUACUUGCUAAUUCUUCUAAGAGUGAAAGAAUACAGUUUGGAGACAUGGACCACAGUUUCUGCUCUAUUUUGCCUCUUUCUCACUUUAAACAACUCUUUUUACUACUUGAGUGUUAGCAGCUCAGAAGAAGGAGCAGCUGGUAAGCAAUAGGGAAGGAGAAAUAAUUUUCGAUGUUUGGUUGGGAGAAAUACUGUUCGUGAACUUGUUCAGCGACUGACUGAUAAUAGAUAUUCAGCAGUUUUGCUUUGCACUUCAUAUCUUAAAUAUCUUGAACAAACAAAAACUGAAAAGAGGAUCAAGGCAUUAAGGCUUAGAUAAUACUCUGUCGUGCAAAAAAUUCUUGUUUCCAUGGUUUACUGUUUUAUUAGGACAUCUUUCAUCUUUGUCGGGCAAGUUAGUGGCAGCUCUUCGUCCCUUCCUACUUGGUAGUGGAGUUUUCGGUCUCCUUCCUACUUUCCUAGUGUUCUUCGAUCGCGGAUUUUGCACACUGGACCACCCGUUCUUCAGAGUUUUUUCUUCAAGGUUUUCCGACGUUCUGCCGCUAUCAAAACCCACAGCACAUUAGGGAGGAAGAUCGCGGAUUCAUUUGAAGAGCUUGUGAAGCCCCCGAGGCUGUGGAGCCAGAUGUGGGUGGGACUGGGUGCGGCAGGGGCGGGGCCGCUAAGGAGCCCGAGGGAAACGGUGGAGGGCACAGUUGAGAAAGCCCGCGGGCAAAGGUUUCACAGUUUUCACGAAGCCUUCGUGUGCGAGGCUGAGGGAAUUGGGGUGCCUUCUUCCGCUCUCGCCGUUCUUGAUUCUGGAAGCUUCAUUAGGCUUUUAUCAGUUUCUUGGACCCGGAAAAGCAGCGGCUUGAGCUCCAGGGGCGGAUCCCAAGGGUCUUGUCGCUGCUCCGGGGCCGUUUGGCCUCCUGGUGUUGGGGGAGGGGCGAGGGAGGCGCUGCUCGCGCCUCCUUUUGCGCUUGCGCGGCGGGCUCUGAGCGGGUAGGAGCGCGUGCGCGGUGACGUGGACGUCCGGUGCGCGCGCAGGCUCUUCAGCUGGAGCGGACACACGGUGUGCGAACCGAACAGAAUAACCCGCCCCCAGCGGGAUGUGAAGGACUCCGGGUGAGGCCGACCACGCCCCGCACGGCUGGGAGGGCUACUGUGACUAUGUGGUGACUGCAGUUAUCUUACGACUGAGUUUCCCGUUGGAAUCAUGGAGGAGAAACAGCAGAUUAUAUUGGCUAAUCAGGAUGGUGGAACAGUGGCAGGAGCAGCACCUACCUUUUUUGUCAUCCUAAAACAGCCAGGAAAUGGCAAAACUGAUCAAGGAAUUUUGGUUACUAAUCGGGAUGCCUGUGCUUUGGCUAGCAGUGUGUCAUCACCAGGAAAAUCUAAAGGGAAGAUUUGUCUUCCAGCUGAUUGUACUGUGGGAGGAAUCACUGUCACCCUGGAUAACAAUAGUAUGUGGAAUGAAUUUUAUCAUCGAAGCACAGAGAUGAUUCUGACCAAGCAGGGAAGACGCAUGUUUCCAUACUGUCGUUACUGGAUAACAGGUUUAGAUUCAAAUAUGAAGUAUAUCCUUGUCAUGGAUAUAUCUCCUGUGGAUAACCAUCGUUAUAAGUGGAAUGGUCGCUGGUGGGAACCGAGUGGGAAAGCUGAGCCCCAUGUGUUGGGGAGGGUUUUUAUUCAUCCAGAAUCUCCUUCCACAGGUCAUUAUUGGAUGCAUCAACCAGUAUCUUUCUAUAAACUCAAACUUACCAACAAUACACUGGACCAAGAAGGGCAUAUUAUCUUGCACUCAAUGCAUCGGUACCUGCCGAGGCUUCAUUUGGUGCCUGCAGAAAAGGCUACUGAAGUGAUACAAUUAAAUGGCCCUGGUGUCCACACUUUUACCUUUCCACAGACUGAAUUCUUUGCAGUAACAGCUUACCAGAACAUUCAGAUUACCCAGCUGAAAAUAGAUUACAAUCCAUUUGCUAAAGGCUUCAGGGAUGAUGGGCUGAAUAGUAAGCCCCAGAGGGAUGGAAAGCAAAAGAACAGCUCUGACCAGGAAGGGAAUAGUGUUCCCAGUUCUCCUGGUCAGCGGGUCCGUCUUACAGAAGGUGAGGGGUCAGAGAUACAGCUAACUGAUUCAGAUCCCUUAUCGAGGAGUCAUGAAACGUCAGGCAAGUGUUUGGAGAAGCCUUCUCUUAGUAUAAAACGGGACUUUCUUGGUUUCAUGGAUAUUGAUUCAGCCCUUGGUGAAGUUCCUCAAUUGAAACAAGAGGUUUCUGAAAGGUAGGUAAUAGCCUUUCUGUUCUUAGAGGUAAAAGGAAGAUUUUGGAUUUAAUAUAUUGGUUGUGUGGACUACUGAUACUGAUAAAUGUAAGCCAGUAUGAAAUAUACCGCAGUUGCUUUUACAUUUUGUGAAGUAUAAAACGGGACU